GGAAAAUAUGGGAAGUGGGAGGGACGACGACAACCCAGAACAUAUGGGAAACUACGGGGAAUAUUUUUGUUUGUGUGUGUGUAUUCAUUUGUGUGUCCCAGGGCCCCUUCAUACAUGUAUGGGCCCCAUCACCACGAGGGAGGAGAGGGCACCAGGAAAAGCUUGGAUGGCCAUCAAGACGGUGGUCUCGGAGGCCAUGAAGGACAACGGAGUGGAGCUGGUGUUCUGCGACAGGUCCCGGGGCAUCCACAUCUCGGACGUGCUGGUGGCAAAGUUCUUCGGAGGGGAAGUGCACUGGGUCGAGGCGCCUUUUGAGGAGUGCAAGGGCUGGCUGCAGGAGGCGAUG